GGGAAUGCUUAUCUUUGCAGCCAUUUUCCCUCGUGAGACAUUAAAUUGGGGCCUGGGGCCACGAACCUUUAAGAGGCACAGUGUCCUCCGUUCAGAACAAGCCCUGCUCGUUCUCUCUCUGGUCCGCAGUCAGCCGGGCGGAGAGCGCGUCCCGCCUGGGCGCUGACCCGGAGCUCCUGCGCGCCGCCCUGCGCGCCUGCCCGGCCCGCGCCCGCCCGACAGACGGCGCACCUGCCCGCCCGGCCCGCCCCGCGCCGCCCCGGGCCCUGCCCCUGCCCUUCCCGUGCCUGCCGCCGGCCUGGCCCGAGGACGCCGGCCAGCCAGUCUGUGCGAGGCCCCCUCCGGGAGCUGCCACCAACGGCCGGGAGGACGGGGAGCAGCACCUGGAAGAUGCGCCCUGGGGCUGCCAGAACUUUGAAGGCAGUCUUCCUCUUCUUCGCCUCCAUGUGCGCCUGGUAUUCUGGGUACCUGCUCGCAGAGCUUAUUCCAGACGUGUCCCUGUCCAGUGCCGUUUAUAGCAUCCGGAGCAUCGGUGAGAGGCCUGUCCUCAAAGCCCCAGCCCCUAAAAGGCAAAAAUGCGACCACUGGACCCCGUGCCCCAAGGACACCUAUGCCUACCGUUUGCUCAGCGGGGGUGGCAGGGACAAGUACGCCAAAAUCUGCUUUGAGGACGAGCUGCUCAUAGGAGAAAAGACUGGAAAUGUUGGAAGAGGAAUAAAUAUUGCCAUUGUGAAUUAUCUGACCGGGAAAGUGAUAGCAACACAAUAUUUUGAUAUGUACGCAGGAGAUAACUCUGGACCGAUGACAAAGUUUAUUCAGAGCGCUCCUCCGAAGUCCCUGCUCCUCAUGGUGACCCAUGACGAUGGCAGCAGCAGACUGAAGGAGGAUGCCAAGAAGGCCAUAGAAGCACUUGGAAGUAAAGAAGUCAGGAACUUGCGGUUCAGGUCGAGUUGGGUAUUUCUUACAGCAAAAGGCUUUGAACUUCCUGCGGGAAUUCAGAGAGAAAAGAUCAACCACUCUGAUAAUUCAAAGAACAGAUAUUCUGGCUGGCCUGCAGAGAUACAGAUAGAAGGCUGCAUACCGAAAGAACCAAGCUAACGUUGCACAGCCUUAAUAAAUGUGUUUUUUUAUAGACAAAUGCA